AUGGCCAAGGCCUUGGCCUUGGCCAAAGCAAAGGCAGAGGAAGAGCAGAAUGUCCAGGAAGAACAGGCCGAAGAGGAGCACCCUCGCUCGCACGAUGCUUGCAUCGACCCGGCUACUCUGCAGGUCGCCUCGACAGAAGAUGCUGGCGAGAAGACCAAGAACAGGAGUAAGAACCAAAAGUUUCUCAAGCUUCUCCGUUCCGGUGGCUUGCCGGAAUGGCUCGAGGAUGAGUGGAACCGGUUGUCAAAGAUGAAGGUGGGGCGACUCGAGGCGCAGCGCCAGCUGGUCAACCAAGCCAUGGACAAGGAUGCAUCCUCCGGAAAACUCGUGGUCUCUCUGGAGAAACCAUUCUUCAAGCAGCUACAGGAGAACUUUACCCAGACUGCCAGCAAGUCCGCCCAGAAGGCACUUCCGAGGGUGCUCCUCAUGGGUAAGUUCAACCUUACCCAGGAGAUGUUCGACCAAGCUAUUGAGGACGGCGAUAUCAUAGAGAGCACGAACAUCAAGGGCAAGAGGGUUUACUCCUGGACCAUGGAAGAGCACGUGGUGAAGAGAGGCAAGCACAGCAAGUUCAGUGAGGAGAAAAGCAAGCAAGGAACAAGCCGAGACGAGAAGUACAUGGACAAUCUCUCCAAAAACUGGAGGGUGGGCCUUUUCGAAGCCUCCUCGGGCUCGAGUGGCUCGGCAAGCAAGCCUUCCACUUUGGCAAUCAAAGAUGUUGCCCCCGACGAGAGAGCAUUGACGAAGAAGCAGUGGCAAGAUGCCAAGGCACAGCUUGCAUCUAUGAUGUCAGCUUUCGACCGGCUUGUGCAGAAUGGCAAGAAGCUGAUCAACCAGAUGGGGUCUGAGAUGAAGGCAGAUCCACUGUACCUGCAGCUGCUCUUUGCCUGCUCUCAUGUAAAAAGUUACCAAUGUCUGCUCAUGUAA